CACAGGGCAUUGUGGCUUUGUUUCCCUAUUUGGAAGACCGUUUUUCACAACAUGGAUAUGAACACUACUACGACCCUGAGAGUGGCUCUGGAUACCUUGCAUGGCGAUUGAAAACCAUACAAUGAAAAACUGCAGAAGAUAGAGGUGCCUCUGUCAGCAGAUCUUGCAAAGGUAUAGCGUCUUAGUGUAGAUCAUAACAAUAGUGAUUUGUUGUUACACUUGUGAGUUGUUACUUGUCCUGGCAAGAGUCACAUUGUGUUUUGUCUUAAGUUGGGGGACCAGGACAAACACUCUGCUGAUGAAGACACUGUCCGUGAGAAGAUGAAACCUACCUUCACUUAUCGCCAAGCAAUAGUCAAUGAUGAAAGCAAAUCAGCAGAUGUCUUCUUGGUUUUCCCAUGUUUUCUGGACACACCAGGACUUGUACAACAUCUUAAUUCAAUUAUUUCAUGACAAUUCCCAGUAUAGCCACAGUGCAGUAACUCUCAUUGUUACUCUUUGUUUGUAUGUGUCUGUGUUAUGGAUUGAGCAAGAUUUCAGACUUCUGUUUGGAGAGACCACUGCCAACAAAUUCUUGGAGAAGUGGCCAACUUCUUUCAAAGCUAAAGUAAUAAUGGAGAGUCAUCGACUUGUACCCACUACAGAACUCUUGGAUUUGAUGCGCAGUGCAGAGUCAGCGGCUGAAGUUGAGAAUGGCUGGGACAGUGACAUGUCUACUAUUUUGCUGCUGCUACAUCUACUGCCACCAUCUGCGCAAGGUCGAAAAAGGCCAGGAAAGAUGUUUACAUCUCAAGCUGUCCAUCAGCUCAUUAAAUUAAAAAAGACUGGAAUCAGUGUGCAGCAGCAUUUAGACAACAUCACCCUUAGCAGCCAGUCCUACCUUCUUGCAGUGGGAACCACACCAAGCAGCAUUCACCACUACUUCAUUGUGAUCGACAAGCAUGCACUUCCUUGCAAGGCAACUGGUUCUGUGGGAGUCUUUGACAAACUCUUUAAGGCCCAUUAUGUCUUUGGUAUGUCAUACAGUUCCUCCUUGACCAACUUUUUCACUUUUGUGCAAACUACCAUCUGCAACAUUGACAUGGGAGAAACAUAACAGGCUCACUUACCGCCCACAUUUGAUUGUCUGUGGCAGAGUUGAAUCUAAAAUGCCCGUUUUUUUUUGUUUGAUUAUUGUAUUAUUUUGAUUAUUGUUCAGAUUAUAGAUGGAAAACUGUAAUUGCUUACUGUGCCUUUAAUUACAGUUACUUGUCAAGAACAUCUCCAUGCAUAUGUAGUGAGAAAGCAUGAUUUUGUUUACUUUCAUGUGGACAACCUACAAUAUCCUAGGCCUUUUGACCUACAAAGGUCAUGUGAAGUGAAUAACUAUUCCUUAUUCAUUGUCCCAUAUUGCUU